AUGCAUUUCUCAACCUCCAUCGCUCUUCUCGCUACCAUUCCCUCAACCCUAGCUUGUCUGGGCUACACUGGUGGUCUGCCCAAGCACACAGGCACCAAGUCCCUCAGUGCUCCUCGGUACCUUAAGAAAGGGGAGGUCUUUGACGCCGGCUGGGUCAAGUACGAUCGAGGCGUUAAAUGCACCGGUCAGAGUGAAGGCGGUGAGGCGGAUACUGUCUUCGUUCUCGAAGACGGCGCAACGCUUCGCAACGUUAUCAUUGGCGCCAACCAGAAGGAGGGCGUGUACUGCCUCGGUGCAUGUAAUCUCGAAUUUGUGUGGUUCGAGGACGUCUGCGAGGAUGCUAUCUCCAUCAAGGGCAGCGGCACAGCCAACAUCAUCGGCGGUGGAGCGUACAAGGCUUCUGACAAGGUCAUCCAACACAACGGCUGUGGCCACGUCAACAUCGUCAACUUUUACGCCAACGACUAUGGCAAGGUCUACCGGUCAUGCGGUAACUGCAAGGGUAACUCCAACUGCAAACGCUCUGUGCACAUGGAGGGUACCACUGCUGUUAAUGGCGGUGAGCUGAUUGGCAUUAACACCAACCUGGGUGACAAGGCUACCUACUCUAACAACUGCUACCCCAAGGUUCAAUGCCAGGGCUACAAUGGCUGCGACAAGGCCAACGGCGAAUGCGAGCCCACAAAGGCUGGCCUGUGUUAA